AUGUCGACCGUCACCAAACCUCGUCAGCAACGUGGUGGCCGUCGCCCCAGCCAGCCUCACACCGGCCCAAAUCCGAGUCCCCUCGUAAUCCCAGGUCCCCAAUCCCAACCUCAAUCUCAAUCUCAUACCUCAACUCCAACAUCGUCUGCCCAGUCUGCCCGGGCGCCACAUUCCCGGACAUCUUCGAAAUCUGCCAAUGUCAUCGAUCUCACAUCCCCCACUCUUCCGACCCCGAUUCGCUCUCGCGGUCGCAGCGGUUCGAUCUCAAAGUCCGUCGCUGCCUCUCCAAGUGUCCUACGUUCCGCUGCACAGGAAGCGUUUCCGCCCACCAUGCCAUCCAAGGGCCAACUGGUCGUUACCAACUCUCGUAAAAAGGCCCGUUAUUCUUUCCCGUUCCCUACGACGGCGCAACAGCAACAGAACUCCCAGGCGCCGUUUCUGGUGUCCUUCAAUAACUCAGUACCCGUGGAGUUGAAGAUGCUUCCUCAGCCGGCUCAUAAGAAACCGAAGAGGUCCACCCGUCAGAAAGUCGCUCCCCAGCCGACUACUCAAGCGGCAUCGAAGGAUAACAAGCUCAAAUCUUAUAUGAUCGAACCGCCGUUGGGAUGUCAUUCGUAUCCAUUUAGAGAUAACUCUGGCAAGGAACUUAAAGAUCCAAAAUUCCCCGAUUUCUUCCCUUGGAAAGGCACCCACCCCGAAGACCAUGUCACCGAAUCAGCAGCACGGACCGGUUUCUCCGACAAAAUGCACUCUGGCGAACAAAGUUCCGCCAAAGUUCUACUCGCCCCGCUUAUAAAAAAAAACGUAGGAGUCGACAUUAUUUCGUCCAUCUUUGUCACAAUUCUUGAGAAACGUCAGCACAUAGGACGGAUAAGCACACCAUCUACAUUUAAGUUCCCACCUCGUGUCACAUUCCCAGGCGCAAAGAAGGAAUCAUGGUUGAGGGAUCUCGCCAACCCGGAUAUUCCGCUUAGGAGGCUAUCAAGAACUAUUCCUUUGGGUUUGAGAGGCAAGGAGUUAUUGGAUGAGUGUACGGCGAAGAACAUUCCCUUGUUGAGGGCGCUCUGGUAUGUUAGAUGUGUCGGUGCAAACGAGCUGAGGAGUUUGAAGAGAAAGGGUGCAGGCUCGUUAGCUGUAGGGAACGAGACAAAGUGGCUGAGAGAGUGGACCCAAGGGGUGGUGCAAUACCUCGAGAAAGGUAUGGCGGAUUGUGGGAAGGAUGGGCAAUCAAAACCAAGUGGCAAGGCCGAAGCUUCAUCAUCUUCUUCAGCUUCUGUUGCGAGGUCAACCUGGAAGUUAAGGAUGACUUAUAUCCUACGCCUAACAUCACAAUUAUAUUCGGAAAACCUGCUUGACCGAGGGGCAUUCCUGGAAUGGUAUAUCACCCUUCUGGAAACUUGCUCUUUAGACAAAUUGCCAUUGGCGAUGCUUAUCCUUCAGAUCGAAUGGGAUCAUAUUGUCUCGAGCCGUAAGUUUAGCCGAAGACUAGUGGACGCUUUGCUAGGCAAGGUGAACCAGAUAAUCUCGAUUAGAGAACUUGAUAUCUAUAAACCUCUUCUACAAAGGCUUGCGAUCCAUAUCACGCGCCUACUUCUCAAUCACCGACAAGCCUUCAUCAAUCCUAAAAGUUGGCUGAUAAAUGAAGCCCCCCUUCGUGCCUGUGUCGACACUAGUAACCCAGUCAUCGUCUCCAGCAUUAACAACAUCGCUUCCCGGAAUCGCAAUUUAGAACCAGGUAAUACCAAAUCAUCGAAUGGAUCCACGUCACCUCGUAAAGCUGCCAUCGACUUCCUUGAUCGCAUUCGAGCUCCAUAUGACAUUGAAGAUGUCACCACCAUGUUCCUGGCUCUAUCAAAGGAUUACCACCAAACAGUGAAGGUCCUUUGUGAAUGGGCAGUCACAUCUCUCCGUGUUGGUCUGCAUCGCCUUUACUUCGCCGUGCGCCUCCUUCGAAAGGUCUCACGCUUUGGAAUCCAAAUCCAACCUCCAAUCCACGAUUUCCUUCUCGCCACCGGCGGUGGAAGACGGUGUAAAAAACACGUGUAUCUCCUUAUAUCGGAACUUGUCAGGUCAAAGCACUUCACAGCUGGCAAAUAUAUGAGUUGGUUGAUAUCCCGUGGGGCGCUGAUGCGCCAUGGAAGCAUAGAUGAAGAACAGCCAUGUUAUAUCCGAUUGUUGGCAGAGAUUCCGGUAAACCAUCAGCACACACCCAGCGCGCAACGGAAUCUCAGAUCGAAUCUUUUAUUGCAGAAGGGAUUCCUUGUAAAUGCUGAAGCGGCGAGUUUGGCGAAAGCAAAGGAGAUUGUGAUGGAUCGGAUUCCUGGGAUUUUUGUGAUAGGCAACGGUAAACUUCCUAUGGUUGUGAAAAGCGAGUCUGCUUUCACUUUCGAAGAAAUCAAGUUUCUACACGGAUUGACAAGGAAUGUGAUGUCUGAACUCGGUUUCUGGGUUUGUGCAGCUGUUAGAAAACGGCAAGCGCAGAGCACAGCGCCCGAUAAUCGUGGGGCGAAUAGCCUAGGCUGGCGCCCAAGUGUCUCUGAGCUUCCUUCAACAAUAUCUCCCGGUGAAUUCCUACUAGUCCGUAAAGUUCUAGAAGAACUCGAAGACUUUGGUGUCCUAGCGGAAGUGAUCAAGCUCGUUUCCAACUCGGAAAACCCUGAAAUCCUUUCGGCAGCGGCGGAUACUCUAUCCUCCAAUGUUGAUGUAUACUUCGCGAUCGGUAUCGUGGGAGAUAUACUCAAAGCCCUGUUCGAUAGAUAUAAAGCUUUGCAAGUUAAAAGGACCAUGGAACAUCGGCCCGUGGAACAUUAUCUCACUACCUCGCUGUUUAACUUUGCGCAAUAUCAAGGGUGUGAUGGGGAUAUUAGGCAGAGCUUGGAGAGUGACCUUUUGCUGGGGAAGACACAGGCGAUGCUACCACAUUCCCUAGGGGAUACGCUUGCUGAAUUUGGGGAAGGGGAAUUGGAUGAAGGAGUCGAAGGUCUACUUUCGGGAACGAUUCCAGUGCAGCCUGCCGCCGUCACAAAGGCAUUUAAGGUGCUCGUCGAAAGAGUCGAGAAUGGAUUUAGAGGCACAGAUAUGGCGGUAUACAAACGUUUCCCCCGACUACUCGCAAGCCUUCGGCAGCUGGAUUCAGCGACCUUUGAUCCUCUAAUGGAGAAUUGGAUGACUGACACGAUUAAAAACACGAGCCGGCCGAAUUUAGCUGUGGCUUUUUCGAAUAUGCUUGUCGCCGGAUGCUUUGAGCUGAAGAGCGUGAUUCGAAUUACUAGCGAAAUUGUGGGGCAAGCUGGUGAAGAUAGUGGGAGCAUUGAAGCUGCGGAUGUUACGGAAUUGGCAUUCCAAACGCUCGCGCUUUUGUUGGAUGACGAGGAUGCUAAGUUGGAUUUGACUGAGCAGGAAAUGUAUUCACUACGGCUGGAGAGGAAGAGGUUCCGCGCAACGAAUGGAAAACUUUUUGUCGGGAUCUUUAGGAAAGCAAUCAAGCUCUGCGUCGCCGCGGCGGACCCGAAUCUUGAUAGUCGAUUGGAAUACAGCAUGAACAAUGAUAUCGUGCUAGAUCUACUGAGGAACCUGGCCUUCAGUGACUUUGAUAUUUUGGUUUCAGAGCUUGUUGAGCCUUUGGCUCCGCAGUCAAAUCCAUUGAUUUCGAAGCAUUUAAGUUUGUUGAUUGAUCAUCUAUUAGAUGAGCAUGAUAGUAGCGAUAUAUCUGAGGUCGAUGCGGACGUCCAAGUCACACGGCUGCUACAGCAUGUCAACGACUUUAGCGUUCGGCUCUGCCAACUCAAGAUGCGGUUAAUCUUUGAGGCAGAAAUCUCGCAUGCGUCCGAUACCGCCGAAUCUGCGAAUCUCCGAAAUGCAGUGACAAAAGCGUUUGUUAGCUCGAUCACAGAAAUGGACAGCGAUAGAGGCGCCAUCUGGGCCGACUUGGUUUCUGUUCUCGACGACACAUGUGUUUCACAGAUCAGAGUGUACACCGAAGAAAUGAUCUUGAAUGCUCCUGGAUUUCCAAAUGCAGCUGGUUCGUUUAUUGCCGUUGAUGAAGGGAGCACAGAUGAAGAAGGGAUCAAACGGGCUGGCGAAAUGUUGGCAAGAAGUUUAAUAUCUGCCAUUGAUGUCACUGCCGGGCGAAAUACUGGAGGCGGGGAUAUGGGUACUUGGUUGCCGCCAAUUUUGGCGGAUAAGAUGAAUGUUGUGCUGCAGGCUUUGAGUGGGGCCGGAGGGGAAGUGACCAUUCAGAGUGAUGGGGUGGUUACUGGGGGUAAAGAGACGAUUGGGAAGGUUUACAAGAGGUUGAGGAGUUGGGUAAUAUUGUUUUUGAGGAUUGUGGCACUACAUAAAGCGGAAUUCGGUUCGCCCAAGACCAGUGUUGUCGAACAAGGCCGAAUGGUCAUUGGGCUUUGUGCGCUAUUGGAAAAUAGAUGCGUACAGAACGAUGAUUUUAUGUCAGAGUUUGCAUUGGAUGUUGCUUGUGCUAUCAUUGAUGAUAUGAACGAAGAAUCACGUCAACAUAUCCGCCGCUUUCUCAAACGGAGAUAUGACUUACCACAGAUUGGAUACAUGUUAGGAGGGAUUGAAGCAUUGAGUAUGGGCCCUACUGGGGGGGUAGCGGGGAAUGUGGGAGCUACUUCUGAGUGGUUGAAGGGGAUGUCAAGAGGGCGACUGGUGGAGUAUUCGUUGAAGCCGUGGGAGCAGGUUAGCGAUCCGACACCUGUGGCCGGGGAUAAUGAUACCAGUUUGAGCAUGACAUUGUUUCAUGCGAGGAAAUUAGGGUGCGUGUGCUCGGGGUGA